AUGCGGAGCCCGCUGGUGUGGACUGUGGCGGGUGGCAGGUGGAAGAGUGAACUUUGCGAGGAGGAGGAUCCUGGAGGAGCCUGGAGGAGGAUCCGCAUGUGCUGGAUUCGCUGCCCAAGGGCAAAGGCCACCAACCCGGUAACUCUGUAUACGGUCGGUCAAGGUCCAGCAUGGUGGGUUGUGCCGAGCCUGGGCUUUCUGCUCAAAGUGUGCCGAAAGUCCAGGUUCUAUUACGGUAUGAUUAACAGCUCCAUCUGA